GAGAAAGGGAAAGCUAAGAAGCGAGCCGAAAAUUUUCGAUUUCAUGUGCAGCCAGCCAACGGGCCCCAAGUGGAGUAGUCACGUGCGAGCAGCAAACGAGAGCAAGCUCGCGUGGUCCGUGCCCCAGCUUGUGCAUGGCCCAUUCGAAUCACCCGCGCUUCUAUUGGCUGGGUGGGCCGAGGUCAGCCAGCCGUGGUGCCGGGACGUUUCCGAUCAAUCGACAUCAUCGCCAACCAGCCAAAAGUCCGCCCGCCCACCUGCCUCCCUCACGAACCACGCACGACCGCCCGAUCGACAUCAUUGCAACGGAACCACGCCCCGCGAAACCAUGAUUGCCCAGCGCGUAGGAACGACGGCGCUUCGCCGAGUGGCGGCCAAGCCCAAUGCCUUCUUCACAGCCGACGUGGCCCGCAUGGGGGUUCUUGCCGGAUCUCUCCACAAGGCGACGCAGACCAGACUAGUCGCAACGCAGAAGCUGACGUCGGCGGACGCGCACGACAUCCUCAACAAGCAGCGGCUGCAGCGGCCGGUGAGCCCGCACCUGGGCAUCUACGACAAGCAGCAGACGUGGUUCGGCGGCAGCGUGUGGACCCGGCUCACGGGGAUGGGGUUCAGCGGGGGGCUGUACGUGUUCGCGACGGCGUACCUAGCGGCGCCGCUGCUAGGGUGGCACCUAGAGAGCGCGUCGAUCGCGGCGGCCGUCGGCGCGCUGCCGCUGGCCGUCAAGGGCGGGCUCAAGUUUAUCGUGGCCUGGCCCUUUGUGUUCCACUGCGUCAACGGCGUGCGCCACCUCUGCUAUGACAUGGCCGUCGGCUUCAAGCGCAAGACCAUUGUCCAGACGGGCUGGUACAUAUGGGGCGCCUCGCUCGUCGGCGGGCUGUACCUGGCUUUCUUCCUCUAGAUUGUACACGCUAUCAGCUGAGCGGUAAAUGCUGAAGGGAGAGCGGAGCAGAGGUAUGGGGGGGGGGGGGGGGGGGGUGGUUGU